CCUCAUGAGAGACUCCAGGGCUGGGUAAGAGCAGGCAGGGCACUCCCACUGGCUCGUCAGUUGAAGCCACUCUGGAGAGGGUCAGCCCACCAGAAAAUUCACUUGUCUUUGCCAUCUGCUGACCAUGAGUGAACGGCCCUUUCUGAGUCCAGAGGGAGCUGGAGGAUCUCACAUCAACAAAGGUUCCCAGAGCUCCCUGGAGGAGGAGUCUGCUGCUGACUCGGAGGCUCGGCACAGCCUGGGUGUCCUCCAUGUCUCCUACAGUGUCAGUAACCGUGUUGGGCCCUGGUGGGAUAUCAAAUCACACCGGCAGCGGUGGGAACGGCAGAUCCUCAAAGAUGUCUCCUUGUACUUGGAGAGUGGGCAGAUAAUGUGCAUCUUGGGCAGUUCAGGCUCAGGGAAAACUACACUGCUGGACGCUAUCUCCGGGAGGCUGAGGCGCACUGGGACCCUGGAAGGGGAGGUGUUUGUGAACGGCCGCUCCCUGCGCAGGGACCAGUUCCAGGACUGCUUCUCCUACGUCCUGCAGAGCGACGUCUUUCUGAGCAGCCUCACUGUGCGUGAGACGCUGAGCUACACAGCGAUGCUGGCCCUGCGCCGCAGCUCCACAGACUUCUACCAUAAAAAGGUGGAGGCGGUCAUGGCAGAGCUGAGUCUGAGCCACGUGGCAGACCGAAUCAUUGGCAACUAUAAUUUUGGGGGAAUAUCCAGUGGUGAGCGGCGCCGGGUCUCCAUCGCAGCCCAGCUCCUCCAGGACCCUAAGGUCAUGAUGUUCGAUGAGCCAACCACAGGCCUGGACUGCAUGACUGCGAAUCAGAUUGUCAUUCUCCUAGCAGAGCUGGCUCGCAGGGACCGCAUCGUGAUCCUCACCAUCCACCAGCCUCGCUCUGAGCUGUUCCAACACUUUGACAAAAUUGCCAUCCUGACUUACGGAGAGCUGGUGUUCUGCGGCACACCUGUGGAAAUGCUUGAUUUCUUCAACAGUUGUGGUUAUCCUUGUCCUGAACAUUCUAACCCUUUUGACUUCUACAUGGACUUGACGUCAGUGGAUACUCAGAGCAAAGAACGAGAAAUAGAAACCUACAAACGUGUCCAGAUUCUUGAAUCUGCCUUCAAAGAAUCAGCAAUCAAUCACAAAAUUUUGGAGAAUAUUCAAAGAACAAAACACCUGAAAACCUUACCCAUGAUUCCUUUCAAAACUAAAGACCCUCCUGGAGUGUUCUGUAAGCUGGCUGUUCUCUUGAGAAGAGUGACAAGAAACUUACUGAGAAAUAAGCAGGCGGUGAUUAUGCGCCUCAUCCAGAAUCUGAUCAUGGGUCUGUUCCUCAUUUUCUUCCUUCUACGGGUCCAGAACAACAUGCUAGAGGGUGCUGUCCAGGACCGUGUGGGCCUGCUGUACCAGCUUGUGGGUGCUACCCCAUACACAGGCAUGCUCAAUGCUGUGAAUCUAUUUCCUGUGUUGAGGGCUGUCAGUGACCAGGAGAGUCAAGACGGCCUGUACCAGAAGUGGCAGAUGCUGCUGGCCUACGUUCUGCAUGUGCUCCCCUUCAGCAUCAUCGCCACCAUGAUUUUCAGCAGUGUGUGUUACUGGACUCUAGGGUUGUAUCCCGAGGUUGCCAGAUUUGGCAAUUUCUCAGCUGCUCUCUUGGCCCCCCACUUAAUUGGCGAAUUUCUAACUCUUGUGAUGCUUGGUAUGGUCCAAAAUCCAAAUAUUGUCAACAGUAUAGUGGCUCUACUGAGCAUCGCUGGGCUGCUUGUUGGAUCUGGAUUUGUCAGAAACAUAGAAGAAAUGCCCAUUCCUUUUAAAAUCUUGAGUUAUUUUACAUUCCAAAAAUAUUGUUGUGAGAUUCUCAUAGUCAAUGAGUUCUAUGGGCUGAACUUCACUUGUGGUGACGCUAAUAGCUCUAUGCUGAAUCAUCCAAUGUGUUCCCUUACCAAAGGAAUUCAGUUUAUCGAGAACACCUGCCCCGGUGCCACAUCCAGAGUCACAGCAAACUUUCUGAUUUUAUAUGCAUUCAUUCCAGUUCUUAUUAUCCUAGGAAUAGUGGUUUUUAAAAUCCGGGACCAUCUGAUUAGCAGAUAGUCAAGAACAUCGUCCAGAAAAUGGGACUCAACA